AAGCACCCACAUAAUCACUCAAUCCAUUCCAAAUCACCGUUGUCUUCUUCAUUUUGCAUUUCCAAUGGACUACAGAAAUGUAUCAGACGGAUAUAAAUCUUCUUGUACAAAUCUUCCUCCUCCGAAUUCAACAAGCACGUACUUCACAGAACAAGCAUCGAGUAUGGGGUAUGACAUCCCAAGAGCAGAUUUUAUGAAUUUGAGAGAAGCAAUUGAAAUAGAACUUGAAAAAGAAAGAAUCAGACAAGAGACUAUUGAAGCAGAAAUUAUUCGUAGGAAGGUGAUAGAAGCUGAACUGGAAAGACAAAAGAUUAGGGAAUCAACUAUUCGGCGAGCUCAAUAUAGGGCUCCUUUGUUACGCCAGCAUCAUCAUGCUUCACUUGAUGAUUUUCGUUUACAAGAGAGGUUCUCUUUCUCGUCUCAUCCAGAAGAUGGAGGCUUUGAUAGGCUUCCGAUUCGUGGGCGUAAUCAUUGAGGGAUGUGCAGUGAAGUUUGCGGUUUUCAAGGAUAAAAAAGCAGAAGGAAAGGUGUUUUGGAGGCGGAUAUUUGGGCUAGAGUGGCUAAAAAAAGUACUGUUAUAUAUAGGAAAGAGGGUAGUCAAACUGAUAUUACAUAUCUACUGGUAAAGACAGCGUAUCUCGUCUAAACUUGAUUUGUCAGUUUAAGUAUAUAAAUUAAGUAGGAAAGUAACUUUUUUACCUACUUGGAAAUCCUAGUACUCUCUUCAAAGACGUGUUGUUGAUAGAUCAAACCGUAAAAAAGAUUUUUGAUUUAUACUCAGCAGUAAGACCACAGAUGCG